AUGAAUCCUUUACCUGAACUCGACUACGUCAUCGACGGCCAGCACAAUGACGGCCAGACACCACUGUCGCGAGCUGCAGAGGCUGGCGACGAAAACGUAGUGGACACACUCCUGGCGGACAAGGUCGUGGAUAUCAACAUCCGCGACCACAAAGGACGCACACCCUUGUUGCUCGCAGCAGAAGGGGGCCACAGCAAAGUUGUUGCCCAGCUUCUGGGCAGAGGCGCGAAUCCCAACCUUGAGGACCUUUCUGGGUCGACGCCUUUGUGGGAAGCCACCAACAACGGCCACACGACUGUCGUGCGUCAGCUGAUUGACUGUGACCGUAUGUUCAACUGGAACGCGAUAAAAGCAACGUAUCGAAUCUCCCAUGGGUCGACGGCUCUCUCUAUUGCUCUGGAUGGCCUACAUCACAAUGCGGAUUUGACCAAGAGACUUCAUGAAGUGGCUGUGAUGUUAUCGCAGGUGGAUGGCGUCGAUCCUUUUGUCCCGCAUGAGCGUGGUAAUGCUUUGGAACUGGCUGCACAAUACAAAAACGAAGACGCAGCCUUGAUAUUGCUAGACAAGUUUGGAACCGGCCAACAAGGUGGCGACCUGCUCGUCACUGCCGUCAAGUCCGGGAGCACGCGGUUGGUGGAGGCGCUACUCACGGACCACGGCGUUGACCCCAACGAUCCGGGCAAGUACGGAUACCGGCCGCUGACGAUGGCAAUACAAAGCGACCAGGCAGCCACUGCACGCUUGUUGCUCGCCCACGAGAGAAUCCAACCGUGCAUGGAUGAUAUACUGACCUACAUCAACUUCCACCAAACCUCUGAACUUGUGCGGCUGCUGGUGGCCGACGGCAGAUUCAACAUGCAUUAUGUGAAUGACCAGGGGCAGACGCUUCUAUCAACGGCAGUUGAAUACGGACAAACGGCCUAUGUCGAAGAGCUGUUGCGGGACGACAAAAUCGACCCCGACUGCCCGGACAACGAGGGGAGAACGCCACUCUCCCAUGCCGCGAAUGGGCCUUGGAACGCGACCACAGCUAGGCAGCUGCUCAGCACAGGUCGAGUCGACCCGAAUUCGGUGGAUAAGAACGGAAUGACGCCACUGUGCCACGCCACCUUGAAUGGACAACAUGAUGUGGUUGAGGUCAUCUUAGAACAUCCUGAUACAGAUCCGAACGGCAACGGGAAACACGUACCGCUCAUACUGGCCUUUGAUUACUUCGAAGAGGAGACAAUAAAUUUGCUUCUCGCGCAUCCUAGAAUAGAUCCCAACCGGGUAGACGCGCGUGGACAGACCGCACUGGCAGCUGCAGUUAGAGGGUCUCACACAGACAUGGUGGAAAGACUUCUGGCCGUCCCGGGCGCCAAUCCAGGUCAUCAGGAUGCGGCAGGCGUAACCCUGUACCAUGAGGCGGCUCGAAUAAAGUCACAUCCCCUUGAGGGGUAUAAAGAAGCAGCGCAUAUUAUGAAGCUUUUGCUCGGGGCGACGAACCGGGGCGAUCCCGACAUGGAAGACGCCAAGGGGCGGACGCCAUUGUCGGUGGCAGCGGAGUACGGAAAUGCGCACGUCGUAAACAUGCUUCUCGCUGUGGACGGAGUCAGAGCUGACACGAAGGAUGCGACCGGACGCAGGCCUCUAUCUUGGGCGAUCGCAUCCAAGGUGGGUGGAUCGGACAUCAUCAACAUGCGACUCGAUGCGGUGCGGCAUCUUUUGAGCAGGAAGGAAGUCUACCCCAAUGCACGAGAUGCCGAUGGCAUGACGCCCCUGAUGCACGCGGUUCUCCGACACGGCUGCAGCGGCAGCAUGGUGCAGCUGCUCAUCGCGCGGGACGAUCUCGACGUCCACCAGACGGACCGGAACGGUUGCAUGGCCAUGACCGUCGCCAAAGCAUAUGGCGACACAAUGAGCAUGACGCUGCUCCGUUCACGGGGUGCCAUAGACGACGGCAAGACCGCAUUUGGUGUUUUGGUUGGCAAGGAGGCCACGGAAGACACCAAUGUCACACGAAAGUCGCGCGACGUCUACAACAUGGACCACCACAGAUUUAUGGAUUGGGAUGACUAUCGGCACGGGAAGGACAGCCUACUGCCUCUUGGCAAACAAGACGCGUACGGGGAUGUCGAUGACGGCGACGCAGACCUGUGCCCCCGAUGCGCGACUCUGGACCUCGACAGCCUCUUCUCCCAAGCAGGAAGCAGUGUCGAUCUCGGCCGCGUGGACGCAAGCUGGGAGUCCCGCCGCUGUGGCAUGUGCCGGUUAAUCGCCGUCGCCCGUCCGGGUCAUCGAGAUGGCCGGACAGACGACGACAGCCUGUCGUGCGUGCUGAAGGCCUUUGGGACGACGUGGUUCGGCACGCCUGACUCCAACUGGAGCGAGAACUGGAUCGACACUAAGGUCCUGGCUGUAUUGCACCAAGAGGACAGCGAACAUUAUGCCGACAGUGGAUUUGACCAGGAUAUUCCCUAUUGGAACGAGUCUCGCCCGCACAUUUUCGAGGCCACCACUAUCGGCCGCCUAGGGUCCAACUGUCCCUACGGCAGCCAGGCCUUAACCAUUUCGCCGCAGGCCGCCCGCCCCUUUGUCGACCUAGAUCUGGCCAAGAACUGGAUCGCCCACUGCCGGAAGCAUCACACCUCGGAGCCAUGCACUCGGCACCAGCUCCACGCGAUCCCCCAUUUCCGCCUUGUCGAGUGUACCACGGGGAAGAUUAUGACGCUGGGGCAGGGAGGGGAGGCAUCACCAUCAUCAGUUCCGCCGUACGUAGCGCUAAGUUACGUGUGGGGACAGGGCAACCAAGGAGACCAGAAUGUCGGAACGCAGCAAUUAGUACUGGACGCCCUGCCGGCUGUGAUCCACGACGCCAUCAACACGACGCUCGCGCUGGGCUACGACCACCUCUGGGUGGACCAGUACUGCGUCGUUCAACAGGGAGAUGCUGCCGUGAAGCGAGUACAGCUGCGGGCCAUGGAUCUAGUCUACGCCAACGCCGAGGUGACACUCGUGGCGGCGGCCGGAAAGGAUGUCACAGCCGGUUUGCCCGGUGUCCCGGGACGGCCCCGGACAGGGUGGCCUUGCGUCCGCGUCCACGGCCAUGCGCUCACUGUGAUCCCGCCGCAUCCAGCGCACCAUGUUCGGUCGUCGUCGACAUGGUGGACGCGCGGCUGGACCUAUCAGGAGGGCCUGAUGGCCCGCCGGCGACUCUUCUUCUCCGACUGCGAGAUGUCGUUUGAAUGCGGCAUGGACUACACCCGCCGUGAGGCCGUCCAUCAACCACUCCACACCAACUACGACUCCUCGACGCACCUACAGCCACGGAUGUUUAGGCCCGGCUGGCGCCUGUUCUACAUCCUGCAAGAAUACACGGCCCGCCGCCUGACGUGCUCGGCGGACGCGCUCAACGCCAUGCUUGGUAUCUUUCGUGCCUACGCCCAGCGCAAAGAAGGCGGCCUCCAUCACCUCUGCGGCGUGCCGGUCGUGCCUGUGGGGGAGAAGGCGGACGGCAGUGAUAGCGACAGCGAUGGCUACGGCGACCUUGGCGUCAAGUGUGUCGCUGCCGGUGCCCGCAAAGAUGGCAAAGACGAUCAUGAAAGUGACCCGUCCCGCUGGGACAGCCACCCGCUCGACACGGUCUCUAUUGCCACCAUCAUAGUAAUGAGGGAUCACGAGGCCUGGGACUUGUGGAAGGACGUGCAGCAGGCCGCGAACCGCAGAGUGGGCACCCUUACCGGCCUGGUCCACGGCCUUUUCUGGCGGCUGAAAAAGCAGGCGUGCCGGCGCCCGGAAUUCCCCAGCUGGUCGUGGACUGGCUGGACCGGCACUGUCCAACCGAGAAGGGAUCGCCAUUCGCACGAUUCCAGGCGUCUCGAACGCAUCUGGAUCGUUCCAGACGACGUCAGCAUAUCCGUAGUCAUCCCAGCACAGGCCCAAAGUGGCACGGCGGCGGUUACGGUUUCUUGGACUGACUUUUACGACGGUUUGGUGGCCGGGACAGACGAAAAGUAUCUACUGCAGCAUUACGUCCUCGCCAUCACGGCACCUGAGGUGUCGAUCCGGAUCCGCGAGAGAAUCACGACACACGACUACACGUACUACCCGAACCCGUUCGCCUUUAUCGGCACUGUGGCGUUUGGUAACAGCAUAUGGGAGGGCGGCUUUUUCCCCACGCGGGAAGAUGCGUAUCCCCCGGAGAACGAGCCCGACAUAACUCCUGGAUUCCGGAAGCGGCUCCUGUCCCAGCCGUGGCUGGGCCUCAUGCUACGUCUUGCCCCCCGUCAAGACCAGAGGAUGGAGUCUACUGUGCUCGUCGUGGAGGAGGUGCAGCCGACAGACCAGGCGGAGCGGCGCUGGGAGCGCAUUGGCGUCCUAAUGCUGUGUUGCACACUUGCGGGCCACACGCUUGAGCGCCGCACAAUAUAUCUUUCUUGA